GCUUUUGAGAACGCAGAAAGAAGCAUUCUUUGCUUCUUUGACGCAUUAACACUUUGCUUCUUUUGCCACGUAGAAGAUUUGUAUUGUUACACCACAGAUUUGUGGCAAUGAGCCCAAGAACCCGACCGUGGAACAGCGUGGACGUGUUGGGCGAGGACGGACUGUUUCGUUACGGACGCGUGGUGGAUGUGGCGGACCACGGGCUUUACAUCGACUUCUUCUGCCCUGGUCGCCGACGAGAAUUCACCCCUUUCCAAGGGGUGUUCCUGAAUGAUGACGGCCGAUACAUGGACAAGAACGACCGGGCCCGCACCAAUCCUCCGCCUGAACUGCUCGCAGAAGUUUUGGUGCGCGACAGUACAUCGAGUGCUUGGACGUGGUUCCCCGCGCAGAUAGUCAUGAGAGAAGUCGACAUCGGGCGCGCCAAACACGCCGUAGCUGUUAUCCACCACGGGAAACCCGAGAAGUGCGAAGAUGUGGUUCCUUUGUCGCGUAUCCGCUGGAAAAAGGAGUCUAGUACGCAGCAGUCCCAUAUCGAUGCCGAAAUCGGGAAUCUGCCAAAGUGUGUGGCGAAAGGGACGUUCGUCAAGCGGGCUCUACAACUACCGGAAAGUUGUCCCAUACAUUUGGUUACAGCAGUACUGAAGGAGCAGAAAAGUGGAACAAACUACCAGCGCUGGUAUGCUGCCCAAGCGGAAUGUGUGGACAUGGUGGACGGAUGUGUGGUGUAUAUUCAGCGUCGGUGCGGUGCUGGAGUAGAAUCCGACGAUAUUUAUUUGACUAAGGAAUUGGAAAAUCUUAACAAGCUUCACAGGGCGUUGAUUGAUACUGUUUCACAAAUCUCGGAACCGUUAGCCCCGAUUUUAGCAGUGGAUGAAGUUGCUGUGUUGCCGACGGAAUUGUGGACGGAGGUCUUCUCCUAUCUGGACACUGUGACGCAGAGCAAACUGCGCACUGUGGGCGCAAAAUGGAACGCUCUUCUGGAUUCUGAUUUUUUGAAGGCGAAUAUUGUCGUCGACGGCGCGGCACUCUCCUUUUCGGAUCUGUGCGAACUUGGUCAGACAUAUUUUAUGAUCGCAGCUCUCUUCAAGCGUCUUUCCCCAUCCACGCACCAUAUUAUCAUCGCAAAUCGAGGAGAGUGGUUGACAAAUAUUGACAUUUUCAAAGUGCUGGAUAUUCUGAAUUUCAUCGCACUGCGUAAUGCCGGCAUCCGACUGAAAGCCAUCUUCCUCGUCGGACUGAAGAUAUCUCUGCUGAGAAGCCAGGAUAAGGGCAAACAAGGAACUCAGUGCCGUUAUCACAAGAAUCUUUCUGCAUACGCCAGCAAUCCUUGCCCGCUUUCCAGCCUCCCACGCGGGAAUCUUCGGUGUGAUGAAAUCCAUUUGAUCCGGUGCAACAUCACUGUGGCACGCAUGGAUGGAUGGAAGCUGAACGUGAAAAUUAUGAAGAGUCGACAGCGCAUUAAUGGCCGCUUAGACUACGCGCUGUGGAGUGCCAUGGAAGCGGGGUUGUUAGCGCCAAGUCUCACGGAAUUUCGUCGCUUAUCGAACUGGUUAAAAGUCCAAACCGGCGGAUUACGAGGGAGUUCGAUGGAAUACACAGCCAUGAUCUGCAAGACACUGUGUGUGACGCAGACGGCGGAUCCGCGUCCCUCGCUACAUUACCGCGGGAAGAAGUGGUGCGUGGAUGGUCUGCAGGGUUUAAAUGUGGAGAAACUGUCGCGUUUGGCUAUGCAUUUCCUCAUCCACUUAAUGAACGCCUUGUCUCGCUAAUGGUUCCAGAUUCAUUCCAGACCGAGACUUAUUUAUUUAACUUUUCGCGGAUUUUUUGUUGACCCAUUGUUCACUUAGUAACGAACUUAUUACUAACAUUAUCUUUUAAUUUUUAAUAAAUGUUUUGAUUUUAUCCCGAAAAGUUUCAGGAAAGGAUGCGGUGUUUUUGUACCAGGUCGUUAAUUUUG